AUGGAACAUUUUCUAUUAGUCUUUACUAUCUUUCUUUCAUCACUCAUUUACUGCAUAAUUUUCCGGCCACUUUUAAACCGCCACAAAAAACUCCCUCCAUCUCCUCUAUUUAAACUUCCGAUCAUCGGCCACAUGCAUAUGCUAAGUCCUAUUCUUCACAAAUCCUUCGACAGCCUCUCCCACAAAUAUGGACCUUUAUUCUCCCUUAAUUUAGGUUCUGUUGUUGUCGUUGUCGCAUCCACUCCUUACUUGGCAAAACAAAUCCUUCAAAUCAAGGAACAUGCCUUUCAUAGUCGUGUUCAUUCGGCAGCCAUUAAGCGACUCACCUACGAUUCAUCUCUAGCUUUUGCACCUUACGGUGACUAUUGGAGAUUCAUUAAGAAGCUUGCCACAAGCGAGCUUUUAGGCGCUCGUAGCGUUAACAACUUCCAACAAUUGCGUUUACUCGAGACACACACUCUUCUUAAGCUUUUCGCUGAGAAAGCAAAAAACUAUGAGACGGUGAAUGUGGCUCAAGAGUUACUUAAGUUGACAAACAAAGUCAUUUCUAAAAUGAUGUUGGGAGAAGCCGAAGAAGCUAGGGAUGUUGUGCGUGAUGUUACACAAAUUUUCGGGGAGUUUAAUGCGUCAGAUUUUAUCUGGUGGCUUAAAAAGCUUGAUUUACAAGGGUUUGGGAAAAGAAUAGAGAAAUUGUUUAUAAAAGUUGAUACUUUUGUGGAAAGGAUUAUUUCUAAACGAGAGGAAAUGCGGAAUAACAAAGAAAAAGUGAAAAACAAAGGUGAUGAAGGUGUUGCAGUGAGAGACUUUCUUGAUAUCUUACUUGAUUGUGCCGAGGAUGAGAAUUGUGAAGUAAAAAUUGAAAGGAUUCACCUUAAAGGCUUGGUUAUGGAUCUUUUCACUGCAGGAAUAGACACAACAGCAAUUGCUACCGAAUGGGUUUUAGCAGAACUAAUGAAUAACCCUUCAUUGCUUGAAAAAGCUCGUGAAGAGAUAGAGAAAGUAGUAGGAAAAAACAGACUAGUAGAUGAAUCUGAUUGCAUAAAUCUUCCUUAUCUUCAAGCCAUAAUGAAGGAAACAUUUCGUCUCCAUCCCCCAGUUCCUAUGAUCACUAGACGAUGCGUAACAACUUGCAAUAUGGAAAACUAUGUGAUCCCAGAAAACAGUUUAGUCAUCGUGAAUAACUGGUCUAUAGGAAGAAAUCCAGAAUAUUGGGACAGACCAUUAGAGUUUAACCCUGAAAGGUUUUUAGGAAAUUCCAAUGAGGUGGUUGAUGUGAAAGGAUUGAGUUUUCAGAUUUUGCCAUUUGGGUCUGGAAGAAGGAUGUGCCCUAGUGUUGGUUAUGCCAUGCAAGUAUUACCAGCUUUGUUUGGUGCUAUAAUACAGUGCUUUGAUUUUCAUGUUGUGGGUUGUAAUGGUGAGAUUAUGAAGGGUGAUGAUAUUGUUAUUGAUGGGAAUGAAAGGCCAGGGUUGACUGCUCCUAGGGCUAAUGAUUUGGUGUGUGUUCCUGUGGAAAGGAUUGGUUAUGGUGGAUUGCUUCAAAACCUUGGUUGUUGA